AUGGGGUGCUCUUUAGAACCUGGAGGAAGUUCUCGAUUCUCCCAUGUGGUUCGCCACGGAACCUCCCAUUUUCUCAACGAAAAGGUCCGUCUCCGGGCUCCUCCCUGUGGAAUGUCGACGCAGGAGACGCACAGGGACUCGUACAAUCUAUCCGCAUAUGGUUCUACCCCCGUCUUUUCUACUUUUCUCCCCAGCAUUGAGUUUUUCGUCUCUAUCUUUUCGACCAAUCGCCCUUUAUAUUUGACUCCCGCCAUUUUAUCUCCCAUAUUCAAUUUGGAGAUUUUAUUUUGCAUGCUAUUCUUUUCCUCUCCAGGAUUUUCAACUCAUCUCCGUUGCAUUUCUUUCAAAAACCGACUCUCAUUUUGCUUUCUUGAGCGGGAAAAUGAAAGGAAGGAAAACUUCUUUCUUUCGUUCUUUCUUUCUUUCUUUCUUUAUUUAUUUAUUUAUUUCGUUCUUUCUUUCACAAACUCUUUUUUUAAUUCGAUCUUUUCAUCUUUCCUUUUUCUUACUUUCGUUCUUUUCUUUUUUCAUUCAUUUUCUUCUUUCUUUCUUUCUUUCUUAUUUACGUUCUUUCUUUCUGUCAUUUUCGCUGACUUUCGUUCGUUCUUUCUUUCUUUCUUUCAUUCGUUCGUUAUCUCCUUUCUUUCUUACUGUUAUUCUUUUUUCUUCCUUUUUUCUUUUCUUUCUUUCUUUCGAGUUUUCUUUCGUUCUUUCUUUCUUUCGUUUUUUCUUUAUUUAUUUCGUUCUUUCUUUCACAAACUCUUUUUUAGUUCGCUCUUUUCUUCUUUCUUUCGUUCUUUCUUACUUUCGUUCUUUUCUUUUUCAUUCGUUCUUGUCUUCUUCGUUUCUUUCUUAUCUUCUUUCUUUCGUUUUUCUUUCUUUCUUUCUUUCUUUUUUGCUGUCAUUCUUUUUCCUUCCUUUCAUUCUUACGUUCUUCCUUUCUUUAUUUCUUUCUUUCUUUUAAAUGUUUUUUUCUCUUUGUCGUUAUCUACAAUUUCUUUUCUAUCUUUCUUUUCUUUUCUUUUCUUUCUUUCUUUCCUUUUUCCUUUCUUUCUUUUUUCUUUCUUCCUGCUAAGAUUCCCUUUAUCCCACACGAUCCCCACCAUUCAUUUCUUUCUCUCUUUCUUUUUCGCUUUUUUUUCUCGUUCAUUUCUUUCUUUCUUUUUCUCUUUUUUGUCUCGUUCAUUUCUUUCUUUCUUUUUCUCUUUUUUGUCUCGUUCAUUUCCUUCUUUCUUUCUUUUUCGCUUUUUUGUCUCGUUCAUUUCUUUCUUCCUUUCUUUUUCGCUUUUUUGUCUCGUUCAUUUCUUUCUUCCUUUCUUUUUCUCUUUUUUGUCUCGUUCAUUUCCUUCUUUCUUUCUUUUUCGCUUUUUUGUCUCGUUCAUUUCUUUCUUCCUUUCUUUUUCUCUUUUUUUUCGUUCAUUUCCUUCUUUCUUUCAUUUUCGCUUUUUUGUGUCGUUCAUUUCUUUCUUUCUUUUUCGCUUUUUUGUCUCGUUCAUUUCCUUCUUUCUUCUUUUCUUUUUCGCUUUUUUGUCUCGUUCAUUUCUUUCUUUUUCGUUUUUUUGUCUCGUUCAUUCCCUUCUUUCUUUCUUUUUCGCUUUUUUGUCUCGUUCAUUUCCUUCUUUCUUCUUUUUCUUUUUCCUUUUUUGUCUCGUUCAUUUCCCUUCUUUCUUUCUUUUCCUUUUUUGUCUCGUUCAUUUCUUUCUUUUUCUUUUCGCUUUUGUCUCGUUCAUUUCCUUCUUUCUUUCUUUUCGCUUUUGUCUCGUUCAUUUCUUUCUUCCUUUUCUUUUUCGCUUUUUGUCUCGUUCAUUUCUUUCUUCCUUUCUUUUUCUUUUUGUCUCGUUCAUUUCCUUUUUUUCUUUCUUUUCGCUUUUUGUCUCGUUCAUUUUCUUUCUUCCUUUCUUUUCUCUUUUUUUCGUUCAUUUCCUUCUUUCUUUUCAUUUCCUUUUUUGUGUCGUUCAUUUCUUUCUUCUUUUUCGCUUUUUGUCUCGUUCAUUUCCUUCUUUCUUCUUUUCUUUUUCGCUUUUUUUGUCUCGUUCAUUUCUUUCUUUUUCGUUUUUUUGUCUCGUUCAUUUCCUUCUUUUUUCCUUUCUUUUUCGCUUUUUUGUCUCGCUCAUUUCUUUCUUUCUUUUUCGCUUUUUUGUCUCGUUCAUUUCCUUUUUCUUUCUUUUUCGCCUUUUUGUCUCGUUCAUUUCUUUCUUUCUUUUUCGCUUUUUUGUCGCGUUCAUUUCCUUCUUUUUUCCUUUCUUUUUCGCUUUUUUGACUCGCUCAUUUCUUUCUUUCUUUUUCGCUUUUUUGUCUCGUUCAUUUCCUUUUUCUUUCUUUUUCGCCUUUUUGUCUCGCUCAUUUCUUUCUUUCUUUUUCACUUUUUUGUCUCGUUCAUUUCCUUCUUUCUUCCUUUCGUUUUCGCUUUUUUGUCUCGUUCAUUUCCUUCUUUCUUUCUUUUUCGCUUUUUUGUCUCGUUCAUUUCCUUCUUUCUUUCUUUUUCGCUUUUUUGUCUCGUUCAUUUCUUUCUUCCUUUCUUUUUCGCUUUUUUGUCUCGUUCAUUUAGAUAAUCUUUUCUUUCUUUUUCGCUUUUUUGUCUCGUUCAUUUCUUUCUUCCUUUCUUUUCUUUUUUUUCGUUCAUUUCCUUCUUUCUUUUCAUUUCGCUUUUUUGUGUCGUUCAUUUCUUUCUUUCUUUUCGCUUUUUGUCUCGUUCAUUUCCUUCUUUCUUCUUUUCUUUUUUCGCUUUUUUUGUCUCGUUCAUUUCUUUCUUUUUUUCGUUUUUUUUGUCUCUUAAAAUUUUCUUUCUUUCUUUUUAAUUAUAAUUUAUCUUUGUCGUUCCUGUCAUAUUUUUUUCUUUUUUUCUUUCUUUCUUUCUUUUCUUUUCUUUUCUUUCUUAAUUAUAAUUUAUCAUUUAUUUGUUUCUUGUCAUAUUUUCUUUUCUUUUUUCUUUCUUUGAAUGGAAAAAAUUAUAAUUUAUCUUUAUUUUUAAAUGUAUGUAUCAUCUUUUCUUUCUUUCUUUCUUUCUUUCUUUCUUUCUUUCUUAAUUAUACAAUAAUUUUAUUUGUUCCUUUUAUUUUAUUGUCUUUCUUCCUUCCUUUUUCUAUCUUCUUUUUUGUCGUUCCAUUUUUCUCUCUUUCUUUCUUUGUUAAUGAUUCCUUGUAUUUCUUUUUCGCUAUUCUCUUUUCAUUUCUUUUUCUUUUACGUCCCGCUUUCUUUUCUUUUUCGUACACUUUGCUCAAUAUUACUUCUUUUAACUUUUCAUUAUUUUCCUUCGUUUUACUGUAUAUCUUAUUUAUUACAAUUCUUUCGCUUUUUGCUGCUUUCCUCUCAAUAUUUCCGAAACCAAAUGUCUAUUCUUGA